AUGAUCGACCGACUGAUCCAACGUAAACUUAAGCUUGAUCGGCGAAAACCAGUUUUCGUGGUGAAGAUUGAGAUCGAAAAUGAGCCAGGAGUUUCAUUACAUGCGGGUACAAUUCGGAAACCAGCACAUGAAGGAAAAUUAUUUAGUCGAAUAGGUCAAAUUAUCGGUCUUUUGAAUCCAACAGUAUCAACACGAGUUGAAUUCACAUCAGAACAAGAAUUAACUGUCCGCCAACUACAAAUGACAGCUGUUACAAUACCUUAUCAAACAUUGAGAGUUAGUGUUAUGGUUCAAAUAUGUAGUAAUUUAAACAAAAUAAAAAUAUUUCAAUGUGGACAUGGCGAAUAUAGUGAAGCUAUGUUGCCAACACUUGAAAAACUUGGUCGAGUUGUUCAACUAUAUAGUGAUAGUGACAUUAACGCUGAAGUGCCUAGUGGUUGUUGA